CUCUUUGGGUACAGUACACUUGAAGUCUGAACUCUCAGUAAUUAUUUGACUAGUUGUAUUCAAGUUGUGUCUGACUUUCAUCAUGCUACAAUUUUUGGUUUUCUUACAUUUCAUCUUCAUGGGAUUGUUCAACGUUUCUGUCGUUGCUACAGCAUCUAAAAUUUGCACGAAGAAUUUAGGAGGAUUCUAUGAGUAUGGUGUGUUUGAUGGAAAAACAAACGAUGGUCCUGUACCACCUUCAAAUCUUUCAACAACUUGCGUUGAGAAGAAAGGAGGAAAGUGGAUCAUUGCAAUUCAACUGGAAACUGAAGGAGAUUCAAACAGGACUGUUGCUUACGUAAUGGUUUGGAGUGAACUAAACGUGUUGGGCGGUUCCAUAGUCACACCAUGUCGGCAAAUACCAAAGGUAAAGAAUUAUGCCCGACUUCUUUUACACCAACCAGGCGGUCAGCUUGGGGGAUAUCGAUUUAAAGUGCACGGAGUAAACAAAGACAAUCUAAUCAGUAAUGAUUUUCAAACAAUUGCUGUCAAACGAGGAUCAUGCAAAAAAGGUGAAAUGACAAGGAAAAACUCUACAUCUGAAUGUACCGUUAUCAGACAACCAGUGGGAAUUGCAGUUAAUGAGGAUAGUUUGGGUGUGGCGUUCAACGUUCGUUUUAGUAUACGCACUCAUACUUCCUCUUUGACUGUGAGUUAUCGGCCACUUCAAGGAAGCUGCAACUGGUGGAAUGUUCACAGCAACAUUAAGUAUUUUUCACAAGGAAGUCAUUUUAUAAAUGUAACAUUGACUGAUUGCGUGCGUUGUUCUCGUCAUGAUUCAUGCACAUUGAAAUGGGGAUCUCAGAUAAAACUUGUGGUGACUGUACGUUACCAUCGACAACGUGAAAGUGACUGUGAUGCACAACGAAUUGCAAUUGUUACUCUUCCUGAUAAACCUUCAAGUUAGGCUGCCUUUCAGCGUAGUUUGGAAAAACUAAAAACUGUUUCAAGUUUGAAUGAUCAAUUGGAUGUUAUCAUCAACAAUCACGUGACAUGACUGUUGAUUUUGUUAAUCAGAAUGCAUAAACAUAUUGGUUUACUGUCAUUUAGUUGUAGUUUAAAUAUUGCUUUUGCCAUACCGUGAAUUGGUUUACACGUCACAGAUUUUUGAUUCCUUUCCUUCAGUUGAAUCUAUUGGCACAAAAGAAUUAAUAUGGCUGUA